AUGGGUUUCGCGCUUACGAAUGACACUGGCACCUACACAAACUGGGACUCUAACCAACCGGAUAAGACAUCUGGAUCUAUUUGCAUGGGGACUGACUUGAGUGCUGCUCCACCUAGAUGGACGUCUCUACCGAGUUUCCUCUUCGACCCGAUUGGUGCAGGAAGGGCGGAUGAAACAGGCGCUCAGGCGACAGGAUCGGGACUAGCAUUGGGAUCAGCAACUGCAUUCGCUUUUGGAACUGCAUUGGGAUCGCCUAGCACAAAGAUGGCUUCCAACAACACCAGAAACACCAACCUGAAACCCUGCUCUAGCCACCAAUAA